AAUGUAUUUGAAAAUUAAUAUUUCUGUAAGAAAUUAAUUUUGCUAAAGUUUUGCAGAGCUUUUAUGAGUACCGCAGAGACGACUGGAAACAUGGCUUCCGGUAGGGCUAUCAGAGUUUCAUCCACAUUUCGGAAAACCAGCAUUUUUUCUUGUUUGUGCUCAUUCCAAACAAAACAAGCUCCUUCACUGUUGCAAAAUGUUUUCUUGAGUCCAUCCUGUUAUUUUCAAAGAGGUUUGAGCACAACCAAUACGCAACCUGCAAAUGUGGAGGACGAUCUGUACAGUAAAAUCAUGAUAGAGGUCAAGGGUCAUGAUUCCAAGGUGCUGGACAGUUACUACUGGUAUCUAAAGCAGACUGCUUAUCACUUAGACCUUGGUCCUCAUGAUACAUACGUACAAAGAAAACCAACCAUUGACAAAUUAACCUUGAAUAAGUCAGUGCACGUCUUCAAGAAGCAUAGAGUCCAGUAUGAAGCUAGAACACAUCACAGAUCAUUUAUUUAUUAUUAUCUCACCGGAUCAACAGCCAAUACAUUUUUGGAAUACAUCCAAAGAAAUCUACCUGAGGGCAUAGCCAUGAAAGUAACCAAGUUCAAAAUGGAAAGAUUACCCGAGCACUUACAAAAAGACGCUGUAGUAAACUUGGAGGACGAGGACAAAGCUGAGGAUUUACUGAUUGAAAGCAGUUCACAGAAUAUGCAGGUCCCAGCACCUAGAAUGCAGAAUAUACAAAUGCAUAGAGGGGGUGUUCAAAAUCGUCUUUUAAACAAAAUAUUAAUGAGUAAUGCCACUCAAGAUGGACCAGCCAAAGAUAAAGCUAGAGAAAUACAGGGUUCUGAACAAGAUCAUAAAGAGAUGAUAUCAUCUGAACCAGAACAUAAAGAGGUGAUAUCAUCUGAACCAGAACAUAAAGAGGUGAUAGCAUCUGAACCAGAGCAUAAAGAGAUGAUAUCAUCUGAACCAGAGAAUAAAGAGGUGAUAGCAUCUGAACCAGAACAUAAAGAGGUGAUAGCAUCUGAACCAGAACAUAAAGAGGUGAUAGCAUCUGAACCAGAGCAUAAAGAGGUGAUAGCAUCUGAACCAGAACAUAAAGAGGGGAUAGAAUCUGAACCUUUUAUGGCAACAUCUUCAGAGGACUCUUCCUCCUCCUCAGAUAGUGAUAGUUCUGACAGUGACAAUGAUGAUGACAGUAAGGGAAUAAAUGUUGAAAAGGGAAGUGUUGAUAAAAAAGGAAAUGGUGAUGAUCCUGUUGAAAAAGGAAGUGAAUUGGGAGAAAACAAAAAUGGAUCCGACCCAAAUAAGUUAUAAAAAGUUCAUGAAUUUAUCUGAAUAAAGGUAUGCAUUUA